UUCUGUGCCAGCUCUGAGGGGCGGGGAGUGAAGGGGGGUAUAAAUGGACGCUGGCGGCCUUUCACCAUUCCACACUUUUCUCUGCAGCUAUGGCCUUCGACGGAACCUGGAAAGCGGACCGCAAUGAGAACUAUGACAAGUUCCUGGAGAAACUAGGCGUCAACGUCAUGAAGCGCAAGCUGGCCGAGCACGACAACCUGAAGAUCACCAUCGAGCAGAGCGGUGACAAGUUCCACAUCAAGGAGUCCAGCACCUUCCGCACCAAGGAGUUCGACUUCACGCUCGGCGUGAAGUUCGACUACAGCCUGGCGGACGGCACUGAAGUCUCCGGAACAUGGGAGAUGGAGGGUGAGACGAUGAAGGGGUUAUUCAACAGGAAGGACAACAACAAACUCCUGACGACCACCAGGAGCAUCGUGGGAGGGGAGCUGGUGCAGGCCUACAACUAUGAGGGAGUGGAUGCAAAGAGGAUUUUCAAGAAACAAUAAUGUGGAUUUUUUUUACUCAAAUAUAGGGAAUUAAAGAUAUUUUAUUGUCUGUACCUUAAAGAUUUUUUUUAAACAAAA